AUGCGAUCUCUUACAUUGAUUAUUGCCAUCGCCAGCGGGCUUUGUUCAUUUGUUUCAGCUGCAUCGUCCCCACCCUCUGGCUCGAUCACCGUUGGUAAAGGUGGCAAGUAUGCGACCCUUGCCGAAGCGCUCGCGGAUACCAGCAGCAACAUUUAUUUUAUCUAUUCUGGAACUUAUACAGGGCAGACUUCGAUUAGCAGAGCAAAUAUCAAGAUCUAUGGACAGACUUCCAACUCACUUGAAUAUUCUUCAAAUACCGUGACAUUCACCGAUAAUAUACCAGCAUCGACGGCAGGAAGUGAUGCAAAAAGUGCCACAAUCAGAGUUUUGGCAACUGGUGUUAGCUUGUAUAAUCUAAACAUUGUCAACACUUAUGGGAAACCGGUCGAGCAAUCUCAGGCCAUCGCACUUUCCGUGGAGGAAGGCCAAUUCGGAGCUUACGCUUGUCAGCUCAAAGGAUACCAAGACACCUUGUUGGCGGAGACCGGCUCUCAAUUUUAUGGAAAGACUUACAUUGAAGGAGCGGUCGACUUUAUUUUUGGCCAACAUGCGUCCAUUUGGAUCACCAAGUCAACAAUUAACUCAGUUGGGAGCGGUGCGAUCACAGCAUCUGGACGCAGCUCGAAUGAUUCAAACUACUACGUCAUCGAUAACUCUACAAUUCAAGGCACUGGAACAGUGUACCUCGGACGCCCCUGGAGUGACUAUGCUCGUGUGAUUUUCCAAAACAGCAAGAUUGGAUCCGAGGUGCAAGCUGCGGGUUGGGAGGUUUGGUCUGCGACAACUUCAAACACUGACCAUGUCUUCUUUGGGGAAUAUAACAACAGUGGCGCGGGUGCUUGGAAGACCGGACGAGCAACCUUUGCAACGAAAAUGUCUACUGGAAUUUCGAUCAGCACCGUUCUGGGAAGUACUAGCUGGAUUGACUCAUCUUACAUGUGA